GACACGUUGCUGGUCGGUGUCGAGGGUGGCUGAGAUGAGUGUGGCAUCUGCUCGGAGUGCGUUCCUGGCUUCAGAGAUAGCUAUCCGCUCCUGCGUUCGGAUGGAGUCAGUCUCGUACUCCCAGAUGUAAACUCUGUCUUCUCGAUCGAUCUCGUGAGUAUGGCAUUUCAAAACUCUCAUUCAAACUCAAACUACAAAAAUAAUUGAAAAUAUAACAGCCAACGAGCCAGCUCGAGAGGAUGCGAGACUGAGAAGAGCUUUGUUCACCAGCCUGGUAGCUUGUUGCAUGAGCUCGUACCCGUCGCUCAACGCCAGGCCGAGGACGGGUUUUAUUUUGGUGGAGAAUGUCUCCGGCUGUACAUGAGUGGUGUCGUACUUCGGUGGCACUGUGCAUUGGCAUCACGUUGCUGCUUUCCUGCAGCUCGUAUCUGUCUUCGACGUGGCAAUCAAGUCGAGUCCAAGACGAAAACGGAUUUAGGAAACGCGCUGAAGAGGUCGCGGGAGUCCUUCGUACCGGCGAGGAGAAAGCCAGCAGCCGGCAGGUGCAGAAAGUACUGAAUGUUCGGGUACUAUGUUGGGUGUUGACUGGAAGUCGCACGAUCGCCAUCAAAGGGUCUGCUAUCUUGGCGACCUGGGGCAGGCGAUGUGAUCGACUGCUAUUCAUGACUAGUGGUAAAGACAGGACACUUCUUCCAGGUCGAGUAUCUCUGCCGGGUGUGACAGAAGGACGUGCUGCUCUGGUGGCGAAGUCUCGCGAAGCCUGGAAGUACGUGUAUGAGGUGCACCGAGCGGCGUAUGACUGGUUCUAUAAGUGUGAUGAUGACACCUAUACGGUGGUGGAGAAUCUCAAGUUCAUGCUGUACACAAGGAGUACCGCGCAGCCACGUUUCUUGGGAAAACAUCUGCGAACCCCGGACGGCAGUUUGGAGUGGGUAUCUGGCGGUGCAGGAUAUGUCCUCAACAGAGCAGCUCUGGGUAAGCUGAGGGAGCAAAUCGGAAAGGGCUGCAUGAUGAACGAUCGCAUACCAAGCGAGGACCAGCUGGUUUCUCUGUGCCUUAAAUCAGCUGGCGUCAACAUCUCAGACAGCCGGGACGCUGCAAAGAGCCGGAUCUUGCCCCUCAGUCCAGAGAUGCACCUCACACCCGGCGCUGUAGCCAGUUCAAAAUACAAAUGGGUGCUGACGCACUCCGCGGGCAAGUCCGAGGAAAACGAGGGCCCCGGCUGCUGCUCUGAACUGGCGGUUUCGUUUCAUUAUAUUUCACCGCAGUCGCAGUAUGCUCUGGACUAUCUUAUCAAUAAGCUGCACAAGUUUGGCGCUUGGUCCAGCGAUCGUCGGAGACUCGAAAAUAGCUAGCAGUAUUCAGGUUCAACCCUUCCUCCCCC